UUAAAAAAAAAUAGCGCGAUUUCUUUGCGUCUUCUAAAGUAGCUACUACCAAGACUCUUUCAUGAUUUUACGUUUUUUAUCUGUAAGAGUAGUGACAAGGCUCGGUUCCCGGGUUCAAGGAAAAGAUAUGUCUACAAAGAAACUGGCCAAAGAACUCGGAUUAUUAAGGCAGCGGAGUCAGUCUUCCUCUGGAUCAAAGAAAUCACUGGUAUCAAAUCAAAUAUUUUCAUACCUGAUUGUGAUUGACUUUGAAUCCACUUGCUGGAGAGAGAAAAACAACUACAGCCAGGAAAUUAUUGAGUUUCCUGCAGUUCUGCUGAACACCUCAACAGGGGAAGUCGAGUCUGAGUUUCACACAUAUGUUCAACCCCAGGAGCACCCCAUUCUGUCCAAGUUCUGCACCGAGCUGACAGGGAUUACACAGAUGCAAGUUGAGGCAGGGAUCCCCCUCCAGAUCUGCCUUUCUCGGUUCUGCCGCUGGCUCCAAAAUCUGCAGCUUGAGAUGGGGGUGGUCUUUCCCAACAAACAACAGAGGUGUUCUGCACCUUCACCUUCUCAAAAACUGUGCACUUUCCUCACAUGGUCAGACUGGGAUCUAGGAGUUUGUUUGCAGUACGAGUGUAAACGCAAACAGCUCCAUAAACCUGAUGUGCUCAACAGCUGGAUAGACCUGAGAAGUACAUACAGACUCUUUUACAACAGAAGGCCCAAAGGCCUGAAUGGGGCACUGCAAGAUCUAGGAAUACAGUUUUCUGGGAGAGAACAUUCAGGUUUGGAUGAUGCCCGAAACACAGCUAAGCUGGCAGCGAGGAUGAUGAGGGAUGGGUGUGUGAUGAAGAUCACUAGAAGCCUUGAGAGGACCCCAUCAAUGGUAAAACCUGUGUUUGGAAACACAGCUGCAGACAAGAAGAAAGCAAAACCCAACACCAAUAAAGAGGAAAAUAAUCUUACGACAAAUGAACCGUCAUCAUCUAAGGUACCUCCUAAAUCAUGUCAAAUAAAAUCAGGUUCGGACAAAAAUACAAUUAAUUUAGACACAAAGGAAAACUCAAGUUCAGUUCAGGAAUCUGUUCAAAACCUGAUCUCACCCACGACACUUCUGAAUGGGACAACUACACCACUGUGGGGACGCAGCAGGAGGUCUGGUAUUUCAGAAGCUGUCACUAACCUUUCCUCUUCAGUUAUGGUAAACGGUACUUCACUGCACAGUAACACCAACAAAAGCCUUGUCAUGUGUUCUACUACUCUGGGCUACCUUUCUCAUCUACCUCACCCGAACCAGCUCUCAAAAACCGGAGCAGAAGCGAAACUUGUGGCCGAAGAGGAAAGAGAAGAACUUUUAGUGGAAACAGAGGAGAGGUGUGGUUCAUAUGAUGACGUGGUGUUGGAGGGUGAUGACGUUAUUAAUGAAGCUGAUAGAGAAUGUGAUGCUGAGUACAUGUCAGAUUUUGACAGUGGAUGUCAUGUGUGGGAAGAGUCUGACAAUUCACAUUUAACAGGGGGUCGUGUCACAUUAAGGGACAACGUGAGUGCUGGAAACAACUCUAAAACCAGUGAAUUAUCCUCAACGUCUGUAUUUACAAAGACGAUGAUAACGGAGCAGUUGAAUAAGACGGGUCAGCACUCAACAAUCUCAGAGCCUGAGACAUAUUUUGCUGUGCCUAAGACUGUCACUUGGGGCUCCAAAACAAAUCGGCAUGAAAUAGGACUUAAAACCUUUCUGCCACUCCAAGGGAAGACGGAUGGAGCCCCAAACAACUCUAAAACAAACCCACCCUCUCUGCUCAGGCACAAACCUUUCAUCCCAGGAAAGACCUCCACUCCCAAUACCUCAUUUGCAAAGCCCAAACCAGUCAUCACACAAAACGGAAAGCACAAAGACACUCCAAAGUCUUCCUUUACCAUCUACGCUGACCAAGCAAAACGUGUUGCUGCGCCAUCCCGUCUGUCCUCAUGUAGCUCUCUGUACACCCCCAAGAAUGUCCUCUGCUCUUUGUCAGCCAACACACCCUCAUCAUGUACCAAUCGUUCCUCGAUUUCUGUGACAAUGAAAGGAGGACAGAGGAUCACAUCCCCGCUGUGCUCAUGCGGCCGUCGUGCAAAGCGGCAGGUCGUGUCCAACGGUGGUCCAAACCACGGCCGAGGGUUUUACUGCUGCCCGGUCCGACGGUCAGGCAGCGAAGGCAGGAUCCAGAAGGGAUGUGAGUUCUUCAAAUGGGAGUCCUCUCUGAUGAAGAGCAGUGUAGUGGCCUCUCCUGCUGUAAGAUCCUCUGUUUCACUCUGUCAGAUCAACUCGACACUGCUCUGUCAUCCACAACAAAGGUCAACACUAAGAAAAAGCUACUAACGUGUUGGAGAAGCAGCUGGACCUGCUCCUUCACACCAGUCACCAUGACACUGAGACGUUUUCAAUGCAAAGUUUAAUCAAUCCUGAAUGGUUCCUGAAUUACUGUAUUUUGUUGGUUAACCUGUGUCUCUGCUGAACCUUCUCUAAUAUUGGAAAAAAAAAAGGAAAAACCUCUUAAGAGAGGCUCGGUGAUAAUGCAGGACAUUUUAUUUAUUCUACGUGUAUUAUACAGUUCUCCUUUUAUGAAGUACAUACAAAUCACAGCCUUUAUUUAACUAACAUUUUAAAUGCUGAAGCUAUCAAUUCCAAUUUUAGUUACUGAUUUUCAAUUAGCAAGUUUUAUCAGUGCCCAAAAAACAGCUAAAUGGUUGCUUUUAUAUACUUAACAUAAUUGAAAAUUGAGUACGUUGGAAUUUUUUUGCGCACAUAAAUUUUAAGACAUUUGCACUGGGCAUUUGUCAUGUAUGAAUCAAUAUAACACUAAUAACUGUGAUCAUGCAAAAAUAAAUUUAUUUUUGCAUGAUCACAUUUAUGUUAC